AUGUUGAUACAUCGAGUAGCUGUUUUGUUCGGAUUAGACCAUAAUGUUGAUAACAGCGGGAAGUGUGUAGUGGUCUCGAAGACUUCGAAGACGAAAACGCCAGAUUUUUUGUUUGCUAGCUUAAUUCAAAGCAAUAUCUAUACUGAUACGAGGAGGUUUUGUCCUAACUAUGUUGGCUACAUGGAGGUUGGUCCCGGUGACGCGAUGCAACGAAGGGCGCAGUCCUUCGAGACCGGCUAUCUGUAUCCCAGCGCUGAUUCCGAUAUGGUGAAUCCAGUGAGUAUAUCGUUUUUUCUAUAG